CCGAAAUUGAGAUUAUUCAUUUGUGUGGUGUUUUGAAACACAAGUGCUGUGAGUUCGGAAACUGUUCAGGAACAAAGGGAAGUAAUUUUACCUAUGAACUGUUUUAAUAUUCAUAAAUUUAUCCAGCGUAAUGGCGGCUCGAAGAUCACCGGUUUUGGGUUUAAUAUUUGUUUAUGUGAUCGUCACGUACCUUGGUAAAGUAAGCUGCAAUGAACCGCAUUGCUCAAAGUUUGAUUUUGAGGAGAAGGUUUUGGAAAAACUCGUUCGAAUGGAGUAUAAAGAAGAAAUGCAAGAAAAAACAGUAAGAAAGGAAGUAGGGGACAUGAAAAGUGAACUUGAAAGCUAUCGAAAUGAUUGGCAGAAACUUAAACAAGAAAAUUAUGACUUGAAGACCAGCUUGGAAAGUGUCGUUCAGUCCAGUUUAGAUCAGAUUGCUUCGUAUAAAGACUCGCUUGUGACCCCGACUGUUAUGUUUAAAGCUCGAAGAAUGAAGGUUCUGUCAUUGGAUAAAGGACAAACUAUGAUUUUCAAGGACGUCAUGUUUAACAAUGGUAGCGGGUAUGAUAAUAACAGAGGAGUAUUUACCUGUCCAGUGGAGGGCGUGUAUUUAUUCACUAUUCACUUGUGUUCUCAAACGAACAAAUACAUCACAUAUGAUGUCAUGGUGGACGGAAAAAUACACACCAAGGGAGCACACAGCGAUGCCACAAACCCGGUUUGUACCUCUGCCGAUGCUAUCGUUGAAUUACUGGAGGAAAGCAGAGUUUGGGUUCAAUCAAACUACGACAUUGAUGAAAUAUAUGAAAAUGAGUAUCGAUGGAGUUCUUUUUCGGGUGUUUUGUUACAUAAUUAAUGAAUGUAAAAAAUGAAAAUGUGUCACAGGGACAUUAAACAACCAAAUUAAAAUGUAUAAUGCACCAUGAACAUAACAGGGAAUAUGGUUCAUAUUUAGCCUAGGUUUUGAUAGAAGCAGGCUCAUAUGACAUGACAAAACUUGAAUGUAAGACUACCUUGCUUCUUGAUACUUGUUAUGUACUUACUCUUUUACUUUUCUGAUUUGUAUAUGUUGUUAAUUGCGUGUUGCUUUCAUAAUCAUUAUGUUCUUUUGUUUUUUCUUGUUGUUGUUUUUUCUCUUUUUUUCUUUGCAUAAUAUAUUCAUGAUGUGAUGAAAUAUCAGUAUUUGUUCCGUUGUUUUCAUAUUAGUGAACUCAUGCAUUGCUUAAUAUUUAAGUAUCAUUUUGUUCAUUUGUCAUAGUUAUGAAGCAUAUCAUACUCGUGUUUAUUGUUUAAAAAUUGCUUAAAUUUAUUUUGUAUAUCACUAUGAUGAGAAACCGUAAUGGUUUAGGUCGAAUAACCUCUGGUAUGUCCUAUUAUACUUUCAUUUGCACAUUACUUGACAGUUUGCUUAUAAUCGAUUUUGAUUUAUCGAUAUGCUGUUUAUAAAUUAAGCAAUAAACAGUAUGUGCUGUUUGUUCGUUUAUUAUAUUAGUAUACCUUCGACAGCUUCUUUUCAUGUCAAAUGAAAUAAUAAUCUGCCUGCGAUUGAGGUGGGUUCGGACGAUGCAUUGAAAAUGUUCAUGUUUGAUCUUACAAUGUUAUUUUGCACCAGGAAUCAUGAUGAUAUUAAUAAUUACUAUCACAUAUCAUCUCUGUGUAUCAUUGUUUACAAAAUACUACGGACAAAAGGAAAA